AUGAGGUCGCUGAGCCUUAAUGUUGAAGCCGAAGUGCGUAAUUCAGAACGCUCAGAUGAGAACUUGGGCUACGAGGUGCUGGAGCCGUCACAGGGGGCUUGUUCCACCAGCUCCAUGUCGACGCCCGAUUCCAGCAUCAGCAUACGAACAGCGUCCUCGACCGUCCUGAUCUGGGGUCGCCUUGUCGUCUUCCUCUCCUGGCUCCUCCGCCGUGUCGUCAAUGUCGGAGUCUGCAAACUCGGAAUCAUAGUCGGAGUUCUCGAAGUCCUAGAAGUCCUCGAUGGAGCCGGGGUUCCUGAGGCCGGCCUCUGCUUCGCUCGGCACGUCGGACCCUUCUCCGGAGGGGGGCUGGCCGCCCAGGGCAACAGCGUCGGGUGGAUGCGCCCGCAACCCCUCGAAGUGGUCGACUCCGCGAUCCGACAUAUUUACCCAGAGCACCUGGGUCUGCGGCUUGUCCUCGGCCGGCACGAGGUAGCGGUCGCCAUUGUCCCUGACGUACCCGAGCUGGAGGUCGCACGGCGGGUGCUGGCGGAGGCCCAACCUUCAGAGGAUCGCGGCCAGUUGGUCGACCUAGAAGUGUCUCGUCCCUGGAUCUCGGACCGAAUCCGGAUGGGAACCAAACAAAGGGCCUCGGAGUCGGUGCAAGACAAGGCGGAAGCGUAA